ACUACCCGGGACACCCAUGAUUGGUGUACGUCGUGAACAUCGCCCAACCACACGAAAGAACCUCAUCAAUACAUACCAUUAGGCGGGCAAGGAGAACGCUUGUCCAAGUAGCAACUGUUAUACAAACCGUCCUAUGUAGGAAUUCAUCGCAUGUGAAGGCUCGCUCUCGUGCUGGGAUUGUGUUGCAUUUUUGAAUUCGCUUUUUAGUGUUGUUUAUUUGAAACAUAAGAAAUUAUUGACGUUGCCAAGGCUUUACCAAAUUUCAUUGGGCUGACUCCAUGGACUGAUUCGCAAGGUCGGCUAUAUAUUUUUUCGGAAUACGAGCAUGAUGAGCAACUACGAAUUCGAAGAUACAAAAUAUAAAGCAUUAAACAUUCGCAUAAUCUACUGCAACAAAGGCUUAGGAAGAUAAAAUAUAGCUUAAACUACCAAACAAUCAACAUCUAAAAGGUACCGUCUAUGAUCAAGAGCAUUCGUGAAGGAUAUAAACUCAAAACUUUCAAUUCACUUAUUUGCCAAGCGGAUUCAAAGAAAUUCCCUGGAGACACCGGUGACCCUCAUAUUUUGGCUUCAGGUUUUUAAUGUGAUAUUUACUGUGUUUAUUUCCACUAUUUACACUCAGCUAGUUGAUUACCUGUGAUCGUUUGGCAGUAACUUCACAUUAUUUACAAGAAAGUAUCAGUGUCGCGGAAAACUUUCUCGAGAGUUUUAUCUCGUUGUGUAGCGUUCUUCUGGAUUUUUCCACACCUAGGAUUUAUUAUCAAGUAGCUUUUAGACUAAUUGAAUUUCCAAAAUUUCCAAAUGUCUGUUGACGAUAACACGGCUGUGGAAAGGAUGGAGAAACAGCCACCUCCAGCCACCAUCUCCACAGAUGUGGAGGUUGAGGACUCCCAGAAGGAAAUCAAAAAGAAGAAGGCAGUGGAAUGUUGCAAAAAGGUUAUGGGGGUCGUUGGAAGUCAUGUGGGAUUAGGGCUAGUUGUCGUCCUCUACACUGGGUUAGGAGGUCUCAUAUUCGAACACUUGGAGACGACAAAUGAGAAAAAUACAUGUAUCGAGACGUUUAACAAGUAUGUAGAAGCCGAGAAUGAUACAUUAUCUAGGCUCUGGGAGAUGAAUAUUCAGAACUUGGAAGAGUAUGAUACCAAGACUGCCUUCAAGAAGGUUUUGGAGAAGUUUAGGGACCGCACAGUAUCUAUAGGGUAUGAUGGAACCAACUGCUCCAUAAUGGGCGAGGAAGGUGGAAUGCCUUUCAGAUGGUCCUUCUCUGGGUCACUAAUGUUCGCCGUCACCGUCAUCACAACCAUCGGUUACGGCCACAUAGCGCCGAAAACAUACUGGGGUCGACUGGUCUGCAUAGCAUACGCUGUCCUUGGUAUCCCGUUACUCCUCCUUUUCUUGGCAAACAUCGGUGACGUCCUAGCAGACCUGUUUAAAUUAGUCUACAGUAAAGUUUGCUGCUGCGGGUGUUGUCGGAGGAAAGAGAGUACAAAAGUUGAGCAGAUAGAACGGCCGAGUCCGCCGCAGAACGCGUGGCGGACGGACGCCUCGGGGAAGCCGCAACCGCCGCCUAAAUCUGGUCCGGUCAUCAUAGAAGACGACGAAGAGGAAGACGAAUUCGACGAAGACAACAUCACCAUUCCGCUUACUGUCACGAUGGGUGUGAUAGCAUUUUAUAUCUUCGUGGGUUCACUGUUGUUCGGAUUUUGGGAAGGUUGGGCGCCACUCGAGGCAUCAUAUUUCUGCUUCGUGACAAUAAGUACUAUCGGUUUCGGGGACUUUGUCCCGGGGAGUGACAACUUCGAGGACCCCCAGACGCAAAUGAAUAUGAUUCUGGGCGCCAUUUACAUGCUGUUCGGAAUGGCGAUUCUCUCGAUGUGUUUCAGUCUAAUUCAGGAUGAGAUAGCCGCAAAGUUCAAAUGGUUGGGCCAGAAACUCGGUAUCGUCGACCACUCCAAGGCCGAGGCUGAGGUGGAGGCAACAUGAACCUCCUCAACAUAAUUAAGGCAACGAACUUGUAAUUGGUCAUAUCAUUAAGAGCAUUCCUAUCGUUUGACUGUGUUUUCCCUUUGAAGCCUUCCCUUCUGAGAUACUGAAAGAUAAUGAUAGUGUCUUUUCACUGUCACAAGCGUACAGCAUGUACAUGCACAACUCUAAAAGCGGGAUUAUAUGAGCAGUGGUUGUCUCGAUCAUGCACUGAAACCGGGCGGUUGAGGAGAGGUUAGUUUAUGCCUCAAUGGGGAGGACUACUCUUUAGGGAGCCGGAGUUGGUACUAUACUGUGCAAAGAAGAAACGUGUCAAAAGCCGUUUUCUAAAUGAAUAUCUUUAAUUGUGCUGGGUACAUUCAGAUUGGUGGGUAGAAAAAUGAGUUGAAGAACAAGACAAAAUGCCUCAAGUGAUUACAAAAAGGAGAGGCCUAUCACCGGAUUUACGUCUCCAUUCAUUGACGUAUUCCAGGUAAACCUGGAUCACUGGUGACAGCCCAUUUAAUUAGAGGUGAAAAGAUUAUCAUCAAAGGUUCAACUAAUAUUUUGUUGAUGGGUACAGUAAAGUUUAUUAUUCAUAAGUUGGUCGUAAUGCAAACGAAUGAGCACAUAUUUGACCAAAUAGUGAUCCGAAUCAGAAAACGCAAUGCAAGAUAACGAUAGUGUUUGAGCGGAUUAGAAUGAGAGUAUUUUGAUGGAAUGUCAUAACAACGAAGUUUAACUUCAAAGAAUCUCCGGCACGACAACGAGUGUUCAAUCCUGGGUCCUGUCAGUGUCUACGUUUUCGUUCAAAAGCUACGAAUUUACUCAGAAAAGGAGGGGACGAGCUGAAUUGUAACCAUGCUUUUCGCACCGAACAACCUUGAUAGAUGUCUCCUAAUUGGCCAAUACCGACUCGGAAGUCCCAUAUUGCUGCUCAUAUACAAGGUGGCUGGGUUGUCGAAGGGGGAUAUGAGACGCUAACGGAUAGAAGGUUUACUCUAUUGCCAUGGUUUGACAGCAGGAUCCCUUCAUAUGAUGUUGAACUACUGAUAGAUUUGCGUGGAUGACCCAUUAUUUCAAUUUAAAUCCAAUAGGUUACAACACCAGGGCGGAGUUAUAUUUGGAAUAUGUGGAUAAAAUUUGUUUAACCCACAAACCGAAUAAAAUCAGGCAAUCUGACCACUGUAUGAUCGGCUACAUGUAGGUCAAGCAAUCUGAACAUUGUGAUUAUGAAAAAUAUUGUGAUAUUAGUUUGAUAUUAGGAGAGUUCGAAGCAAAAGUGAAAGACAAACAAGUCCAUUGGUAAAAGACAAAAAAAUGAAAUAAAUCAUUGUUGUGAGAACGUUUUUGACAUGCUGCUCUUCAGACACGACUGUGUCUCAGAUUUUCACUUCUGCUUCGAUUUCCCUUAAUUUUGUUUGAACUUCGUUGUUGUUUACUUCAUGUGUGUAAUGUAAAUGUUUAUUUCAAUCCUUGUAUAUUGUAACUUGAUCGACUUCCGGUUGAGAAUGAAGAAUUUCACAAGGGCGUUGAUUUCAUGUUAUGUUUGAAAUCAUUUAGAUCCUCAUGCCGACUGCUUAGUUAAAUUUUAAAAGUGACUUUUUCUGCCAGUUUAUCUAUGCUAUCUGAUUUACCGUCCGAAUUAUACUUUUUUUGUUGCGAGGAAGAUCUAUGCACAAUGUUUCCGGAGUAUGAGUACAUGUAUAUGAAUUUACCAUUGGAUGGCACACACUUUGCCUCAAUAAAGUUUUCGCGUGGUUGUCGGAAAAGAGGUUUAAUCAGAUGGCCUUUUUUAUCCUUUGUCAAAUCGUUAUUGAGCUGCUGCACCGCACUGCAUCAUCCUGGCAUAACCAGUGGACGGACCGUUUUCAAUAUACUCCGCCUGUCGACAUGACGUAGGACUGAAAAAAGCUUGAUCUCAGGAUGCACUGCAUGCGUUUGAUGAUUGACUAACGCCAUCUUUAGUGUUUAAACGAAGCGAUCAAAGUGAUGCCAUACUAUUUCCAACCUCGCUUUGAUUGGAUUGCCGAAAGCAAAUGAAAUGGUGUCUUCUCGUAUCCUUGGCGUGUUGAAACUCCUUGGUCGUAACUUUCUGCUGUUUUUUGCUAUCUUUCUCGAAGGGUUAUCAUAUGUAAAAGGGGAAAAAGUUUAUCGCUAGAUUCAUUUUGCACAAUCAAAUCGGGAUGUCAAUAUCCACAUCUAAUGUUAGAUAUGUCAGUCAAAAUUGCACAGACAACGCGUUUUAUGCUGUUGGACCAAUGUAGGCCGGUUCUGGCGUUUUAGUAGGCCUACUUUCUAAAAAAGGUUAACUGCUGCUGAAAAUCAUGAAGUUAAAGUAUGUCUCUAGGAAACAAACGUCUGCCUUUACUUUGACAACGGAAAAACGAGUAACAAAUGAUGCUGGUUAUUACAGGCAUCUUAUGCAUGAAUGGGACGGUACAUGUACACACCCAACGUUGGUGAAACUUCGUCCAGGCGAUGGCUGCUGAAAAGACAAGGAUUUAACUGCAGGCAGGACUGUUGGAAGAAAUGUGGAAAUGUCUAUAUCAAAACAUUGGACCAGUGUAAUACCUGUCAGUGUUUCCCAUCUUUCAGUGUUUUCCUUUUUGUUCCCCUUUUCACGGAAUGAGGCGAGUACACACCCUACGGUACAGCAACAACCAUUCGAGGCCAGGUCAACUGUAGGGAAAACGCUCACAUACAGAAACACUCGCAGGUGCUACAUACCUGCAUCGAUAUGUAAAAUAUAAAAUGUAAAUAUCUUGUGUGCAUUAUUUAUUGUUAUACUUCUCUUGUUGGUGUUUCCUUUAUAAUGAUCACACUGCUGUUUAAAAUACUAUACAUGUAUAUGCAGAUAUAUAUGUACAUCUUAUGACACUUUCUCUUUUUAAGAAGUAAAGUUAUUUCUUUAAAUAA